GCAGAUGUGAAGGGAAAGCGAAAAAGUCUAGCAGGACUGGCAAAAGAAAGUAUCAAAGCAGUAGAGUUCUGUACAAUUUGCCCUAAACCCCCAACCAACAGCGGCAGACAAACUUCCUGCUACUUGUUGCUGCAUUUUUGUGUAGUUAGCUGCUGUUGCUUGGGGGGUCGAGCCGGAGCCCUGCUUGUCUGGAGAGCUGGGCGGCGGCGGACGAUCGAGGAAGCGCAUGGAGUUACUGUGCUGUGAGCAAGAAUCGAUCCACGGCCCCCGGCGGGCUAUAUCGGACCCUAGCCUGCUCCUGGAUAACCGGGUGCUGACUAACCUGCUUAAAGUGGAGGACCGCUACCUUCCCACGUGCUCAUAUUUUAAAUGUGUACAAAAGGAGAUCCAGCCUUACAUGAGGAAAAUUGUGGCUACCUGGAUGCUGGAGGUCUGCGAAGAACAGAAAUGUGAAGAGGAAGUUUUCUACCUGGCAAUGAAUUAUUUGGAUCGAUUUCUUGCUGUGGUCCCUACCAAGAAGUGUUACCUUCAGCUCCUGGGGACUGUCUGCAUGUUCUUAGCAUCCAAACUGAAGGAGACUAGUCCUCUAACGGCAGACAAACUUUGUAUAUAUACUGACAAUUCCAUAAAACCCCAAGAGCUGCUGGAGUGGGAGCUGGUGGUACUGGGAAAAUUGAAGUGGAAUCUUGCUGCUGUCACUCCUCACGACUUCUUGGAACACAUCUUAAGGAAGCUCCCCUUGCCUAAAGACAAGGUGACUGUGGUCCGCAAGCACGCUCAGACAUUUAUUGCCCUCUGUGCCACAGAUUUUACCUUUGCCAUGUACCCACCUUCAAUGAUUGCAACUGGAAGCGUAGGAGCAGCAAUUUGUGGUCUGCAGAUUGACAGUGGAGAAAGUACGUUGUCUGGUGACAACUUGAUGGAAGUUCUCGCCAAGAUUACCAACACAGAUGUGGACUGUUUGAGAGCAUGCCAGGAGCAAAUAGACACGCUGCUUUAUACCAGUCUUCAGCAGCUUCGGCGGGUACAGCCACAGCAGAGUGACCCCUCUAAAACAGUGGAUGAAUUGGACCAGGCCAGUACUCCAACAGAUAUGCGAGACAUUAACCUGUGAGCGGUGUGAGCUCGAGAUGAAAUAACAAGAUGGCACAAGCUUUGCCCAACUUUUUUCUUCUGUUAAUCAGUUACUUGGACACAUUUUGAAGUUGCUUGACAUAAAAAAAAAAAAAAAAAAAAAUGCUCUCUGGUGCCUCCUAUGAUGUAAGUGUCAGAAGGGAAUUCCACCUCUUUGUGUCUGUGAUUAUCGUUUGAUUAUGUGUCAAGUGAUUUGAUUUUGUAUGUCAAGUGAUAUUAAGAUGCUUGUUGAAAGCGUAAAUUAGCUAGUUCAGUUCAAGCCUGCAUUUGUGGGAUCAAACUAGUUAUGUAUGUCUUUUGUAUUGUGAUAUUUACUGCAUACACCCCCUUUUUAGUUUAAGAAAGGAAUUGUGUGUGUGUGUGUACGCAAUAAUAGCUUUUUUCCCCCGAUUGCAAAGCAAUAGAUUAAUGGGGUUUAGGGAAGAGACUUGGGAUGAGGUAAUGAUGCUCCUGACAUGACUGAACCAUAUCUGGUGUAGAAAAGAACACUUAUGCUAGCAUUUUGCAUCCAGUCAGUGCACUAUUCUUCUGUAUUGGCUGUUAGAGCUAUUACAUGCAUUCCUUUAUGUCCAGGUUUGCUGCCCCCUCCCCUUUUUAAGAGCCUCUGUCCUUUAACCAUCCUGUCCAGUUACACAGAAAAUAGUACAAAAUAUAAAGCCAAGAAGUAGUCUGUUGUACUACUUGAAUUUGUAUUUUCUUAUUGGUUGUGUAUUUGUAGAUUUAUGUAACUGGUUCUAUAAAGUGCCUCACUGUAAUGAGGUGACAGACCUACAGCAGAUUUGUGGCCCACUUUUAUGGUCUGGAUUUGUGGAGAAGAGAGCGUCUCUUGUUUACUCUGUACUCUGGCCAGCUCUUCAGAGAUGUAUUUCACAGUGUCCCUUUUUCAUUCCUGAAAUUUAGAUAUUCCACAGUAAAUGUACUGGAAAGAAUCUGAGAAAGUACAAAUUAAAUUAGUUUGCUUUUUGGAGUAUCCCUUCUAAAUAUGUGAUGAAGGAUCUUUCCUUAAGGGUACUAGAGUACUGUUUCAAAUUUUACACACAUUAAAGUAUUUCUAAUACGUCCUACAAGUUUGCAUGUUAUAUCCAGAUGCCUUUCAUUAGGGAGGUAUGUUGCAUGUGGUAUUUCUGAGCAGUAAUCGCGGCAGCAAAGUCUUCUACCAGAGUUUUCCUAAUGCUUGAGCGGUCCAGGAUCAGUUAUCCAUGUACUUACCUACAAGACCUCCUUUUCACAAGGCAUUCUGAGAGAGAUGUACAUUAUGAAAUGUUUCAACACAUAUGGCCAGAUUUUACUUGGGAUGUAGUAGUGCAAAAUUGUGUCUCUUUAUCUAGCAAAGUCUUUUGACUUUGCUGAAUUAGUUAUAGUAAUUAUAGCGGGCCUGGAUGUUAGUGUGCAUUUUCAACCAUUUUGUUGAAACAUUUUAUAGCAUGCACACAGUGGCUACUGCCUGAGAAUGCUGUUCAUCUUUUGUUAAAACACACUGGAAACAUUUUGGAUUACAUGCCUGUUUUUGAUGAAAGUGAAAUUUAUGCUUCAGAUUUGUUUUUUCUAGUUGUAGAACACACUUGUGAUGCUUUGAAAAGGGGAGGUUUGUUAAUGGCUUUGUGCAUACACAAACAUUUGUAUUGUUGCUGGAGUUAUAGACACGCUUGUGUUGUGCCUGUAUUUUUCUGCUUGUAUCCUUUAUGCAUCUGCUUGAGUUUUUCUCUCCUGAUAUAUGUAUUUGGCUGAAACUGGUGGACAAAGCUUCUUGACACACAAGGAGUGGUUGUACUUUUGAUGCAUGUUGCUCUUUGUUUUAAACCUGUAGUCAUUCUUCACACACAAAUGCAUUUUAAGUAGCAUAAUGUAUGCUACCUGCAACUCCAGGGAAAGACUCCUUUCUUGUAAAGCCAUUUCAACAGUUUUUUUUCUAAUGCUGCUUCUGGUAGCUUUGAUUGCCGGUUAUGUGUAAGCAUUAAUGCUUAAUAGUAGACCUGGAUGGAAUUUUUACUUGUUUAGAUUUUCUGUGCUUCUGGUGUAGUAUUCCAAACACACAUACAUGCAGCAGACAUUGGAAAUCUUUUCAUUAACUGAUAGAAUAAGUGAACAGCUACUACAAGACUGUAGAAGUUUCUUUAUCUUCAGGAGAAGAUGUUGCAGAAGAACUGCCUUGCCCAGACUGGCUGGAUAUUUUCCAAGAUACUUUAAUACUUUGAUUUUUGCAUGUUUUAACUUAAGUACACAUGCUAGGGAGUGCUGUGUCUCAGCUGGUGACAGUGGCUGAAAAAUUGGGAAUCACAAAAGCCCACAAUAGCCUUUGAUUCCUUGAUAUGGGUCCACCAGAGAUGGUCUAAGUAUUUCUUCUGCUGACUUUCCAUUCCAGAGCUAGACAGCAUCUCUGUCUUAGUGAUGCCAAGCAGCUAGCGUGGACAGAAUUUGCAUUUUCAUUGCUGCGGAGAAAGAAAAUUGGAAUGGAGUGGAAGAUACAGAUUUAAGACCUUAGUGCUGAGAGUCCUACAGCCAGAGCAUUUGUGUUUGUUGGAAGUUAAUUUUAUUAUAGCAGAAGUAGUAAACAAAAAAUACAUUAGAGAAUUGCAGUUUAUUCUCCCUGUUACAACCCUUUUAUGUUGGGUUAUGGAAGGUCUUGGAUUUUCAGUAAGUCAGUUGAUGGGACCAAGUACACUGUAGUUAACCAUAUUACAGUAAGCUUGUUUUUAUGUACAGCAUGUACAUAUAGAGGGCAUUUGUAUCAGGGUGAUUUCCUUUUGAUUAAGAUCGCCUUGAAAUUUCUCAAGUCCCUUAAGAGGUACAUUGAUAAAUGUAUUAAAAUGUACUGCAUGUUCUAUACAUGGUGAUCGCCACAAAUUUUGAGCAUUUUUCCAUGUAUCUUUCUGUUUUCCAUGUAAGCACUUUUUCAUGCCAGUACAUAACUGUUGCAGUCAUUGGCUUAAAAUUAAUAUGCUUUAAACAUGUUAACUUGAACAGCGUUUCAUAGGGAUGGUGGAGGGUGUUUGCAUUCUGGGUGCCAGCGCUUGGAUCAAUGUUCCACUCCAGCUACAGUCUUGUGUUUUAGUCUGUGUUUUUGCAAAACUAACAGUCUCUUGUGUUUCUGACAUUAGCUUAAAAUUGACUUCUCAGACAAAGCUUCCAGACACUUGUUGAGGUUCUGUUACCGUAUUCAGUUUUCUUAUUGUAAACCAUUUCAUUAACGAUAAGCACUUUGAAUACUUUUCCCAAGAUAUGUAAUGGAAUGGUUUAUAAGGACAGUGUAGGAAUAACAUGUAGUAAAGUAAAUAUGUAAAGGAGUAACCUGCUGCACCAAAGCAUGAUUUGGUAAAAUGGACAUUUUAAGAAAAAAAAUUCUGAAUGUUGGCUAAAACUUGGCUAAACAGUUUUAGUGCUGCUGUGGCUGCAAACAUCACUACUUUUUUGCAGUAUUUGACCUCAGAUAAUUGGAUGAGGAGGGUGGCUGGGGAAGAGAUGUACUAGGAAUAGAGUUACAGUGGAUGGAGCCACCACUUCUUUUUGUAGCAAAUUUUGUUGUCUCUGGGGUAUUUUCAUCAGGAGAAUGGAAUUUUUGGGUGCUUUUAGGGGAAUGGUCAUUUUUCAUGCUAUGUUUGAACAGUGCUGCUAUGAAAAGCUAGCAUUGGCUUCACCAAAUUUCCCUGUAAAUCUUUCAUUAACUUGUAUAAAAUUAAAACAUGGAGGAGAGAGAGGGACUCUGCAAAAUUUCUAACUCCCUGAUAGCUGACCACUGAAUACAGAGGAACUGUGCAUGCAAGAAAAAAAAGCUAGCAAAAGUGAUUAAACGUCAAGAUUUUGACAUUAUUAUUAUGAUUAUUAUUAUUAUUAUUCUAAAAUGUAUUGCGUCUACUUGAAUUUUGUUAUGCUCCAUUAUAAAAGGCAUUCUGGAUAGCAAGGAGUUGGGGCAACUUUUUUUUUUUUUUUUUUUUUUUUUUUUUUUUUUUGCACAUUGAUAGUUAAAACAAAGCUGUUUUAAUUAUGAGUAACAAAACGGGAAAGAACCUGGCUAUUGACAGGUGACAUUAGUUGAACAGAACACUGCCUGGUUUUGGAUAGUUGUUUCUAGAGUAAAAUAGGUGGAGUUAUUUUUAUUUUUUAACAAUUUGUUGCGCUGCUAAAAAGAAAAAAAAAGCUAUGAUUUAUUUCAUUCCUAUUCACAUUAACAGUACAUAGCUGUAUUGUUUCACUGAGUGUGCUGCUAUUUUGUAAACAUUUUUAUAAUAUAUUAUUUUACUGCUUAAGUUUCAAAAAAAAAAUCCUGAAGUAGAUGGUUAAUGGAUUUGAGACAAGUACUUUGAUUUUACUGGAAAUGCCUGUGUAAAUUUUUUUUUAAUUUUUCCUUUAUGGUAUGUCUCUCGUGAUUUUUUUUUUCUGAUCACAUUCUUAAAACACAGUAAAAUGUACCUCAGGUCUACUGGAAGAGCAAACACACACAAAGGUUUCCCAUUUUCACAUUACCUCACAAAUUUACAGUUUCUACUGGGGGGCCUUUAAGGAAGGGCAUAUAGAAAGUGAAUGGGGCUGUGUAUGCUGCUAAAAGGAUGAUGCAGCUCUCAAGUAGAGAACAAAGGCUUGAGGCCUUCCAUUCCUCUGGACUUGUGUACCUUUACCAUGGUAGAAAAAAUAACUGGAAUGAGAUGAGCAGAGCCUAUAUAUGUUGACCAACCUUUGUUUCAUAUAGAAUGUUCUGCAGACCAAGUCAUACAGACUAAGUGCAGAAAGAAGACAUUCAGAACCACAGUUAUGUUUUGAAAUGGAUACAAACUGUUCUAAAUUUAAAGGAUUAGACAGAGAAUGGCUGGUACAGAUAGUGUUAAGGGUAUGAAAAUGUGCUAUCCAAACUAAGCUGUAAACCAUACUAAUGCCAGUUUUCAUAAGCAGAUUGACUUUUUUUUUUGCAUUUUUUAUGCUAUUUCCUCUAGAAGAUCUACGAAGUUUUAACCUAGUUCCUGGAAAAGUGACUUAAUUUUUGCUGUUAGGUUUGGAGGCAAAUGAUUUGAUGCGACAUUGUUAGGUGCACAGAUUUGGAAAGUCUUAGCCCAUUGAAAAUGAGUUCAGGUUGCACAUGAUGAUGGUUUAUGAAUUUUUGAUUGAUACGAAGAGCGGAGGCUAAUUUUGUUGCAGAUUAGUGUAACAGAAGGAUUUGAAGAUGGUUAGCAUGGAUGAUUAAAGGCCAGCAACUGACGUUGCCAGGCUAGUGAUGAAGUUGCAUAGUAAGUUAGAUAGGUGGAUAACUAUGUAGUAAGUGAAAAGGGUGGGGCUUGUAUGACUGCAUCACUUUUCCACAUGUGUGCUGCUGCUUAUGAUGAUGCAUGGGCUUUUUUUCUGCCCAUUCUGAUCAAAAUCCUAUUUGCACCUAUCUUUUGAGAGGUCUUGGACAUAGCUGGGUACUUGAUGGGAGAAAAAUGUUUUCUGGCUGUAAAGAAGUGCUGAAGUUGCAGGGCUUUUGGAAAGGUGGGUUGUGACCUAGCAGAAUUGAAUGGCAGUUUAUUCAAAAGGAGAUGUGAUUAAACCUGGUGGGCAAAUGUACAGUAUAGCUUCCUUUAAAAUGAAGCAUCCAUGACGGCCCCUGGCUGACAAUUUUACAAGAAUUUUUUGCCCGGUGUCUUUUGUUUUGUUAUGGAUGUAACUAUAUACUGCAGUUUCAAAAUUAUCUUGUUUGUCUUCCUUCCGUAGUUAAGUUUGGUGCCUUUGAUGCUUUUUGUAGAUGUAGUCAGUUAAUGUCAGUCAAGGAUCAGCACUGCUGUCAGCCAUAUAACUGGGAGUUUUUGUUUAUUUACCACUCCUGGUAUUGCAUAAGACAGCAGUGCUUCUAACACCAGUCUUGUACAUUAUUUCUUUCUCUUCUGUAGGUGUUGUCCAUGUACUAAAUUAUAUGCAUAGUUACAUUGUUUGUUUACUGUUUAACUUUCCCUGCAUUCUUAAAAUAAAUGUUUUGUAUGAUUUUGCUGAAUUAUUUUGGUGGAGAUCAUUUGUCAAGACUUUGAAGUGAUUUUCUUUUUCCUGGGUUAACCUGAUCCUGCUUUCUGCUGUCUUGCACCUAAAGUUUUCCCUUUUUCUUCUAUUCCCCAGUGCAACAGUAUGUGCAGUCAGAUAAACUGUCUGGCUGCAGUGUAGAAAAGAGGCCAGUCUACUGCAAAUUUUAGUUAUUGACAGUUGCAGUUUUUUUUGUUUGUUUUAAGGUACAACAUUGAGAGCACAACUGCUCCACAGAAUUGAGAUUCCCUGUGAUCUUGAAGGAUACAGUCAGAUGCUCUUUACUAAAGACAUAAACAGGACAGGUGCAUCAACUAGGCAAACCAUGCAUAUUUUACAUGUGCAGGUACUGUCUUCCCAUGAAAAUGUUAGUUUGUGCCACACAGAGGUGUUAACCAUUUGUACCUGGAUGCAGCAUUUUAUUGCCAGUUCAGUUGAGUUGAAUUUAAGUGAAGAUGUUCAUCUUGUUCUGGUAUUUUUCCUACCAUGAUCAUCUCCGUGUACCUCGGACACUUUCAGUUGCACAGUUUUUGUUUUCAGACUUUACUUUGUUUUCUUUUGAAAGAAUGAUGUUUUAUGGGCAUGUUAUUGUCUCGCAUUAAUUUCUGUUAAGUGGCAUGCAUGUUUUUUGUAAGCAGCGUGCAUAAUUCUGUGCUCUGGAUGAGAAAUUGAUAUGGUGAGAUGUAGUUAAGUUUAGAGUAUGCAUCAGAGCUGAAAAGGUGGCAACAUUGGUUACAGUAUAUUUUCAGAUAAUAAAGAAAAAAGGUCAUGUUAAUUGAAGGGCUCUGCAUUUUUAAUUUUUUUUUGUUCUUGACCUUUUGUAAGAGGGAUAUUUGAAAUGUGACUGAAGGAAUUUGAUAUGCUAUGUGACAAUAAAUUCACCUUGACCUAAA